UCUCUCUCUGACCCAGCUCAAGUGCGCAUCUUUUCUUCCCAUUUUUUUUUCUUUCAUCUCCCUUCCCACGUAUGAUCCCGCCGCUUCGACCCUGCGUCCUUCCACUUCAACCUUCACCUUCUUGCGACGAGGAAGUGAACCAAGUCACCGCGUCCGUCGGUUGCGUUACGCUCUGUGACAAUGACACAAGGCUAACAGUCAGCGGGAAUACGAUUCAGGAUUCGAGAUUAGGAUUCAGAACAAAGAGUGUGAUCUUGGUUUUGCGUGUAAUUUGUAAUAUGUUCUUGACGAGAAGAUCCUGAUUGUGGGAGAGAUGGAUGUUCGACGAGCCUUGCCGUUCUUACUGCUGGUAAUCUGCGUCAUCAGCGCGGCUUCUGCCAUUAGGAACGAGCCCAACAAUAUUCGGCGCAUUCGCAGAAUCGGCUUGAACGAGUAUCUCGUUCCACCGCCACUUCCUUCAAAGAUCAGGAUCGGUAGAUAUGCCCCUCAACCCACCGAGGCGCCAGGAUACUUCACGUGGUUCAUGAGUUGGUUGAAUCCCUUCAGUUCUCCGUCAGAACCGCAGCUAACGGAAGUGGUACCACCACCCCCGCAGCAAAGAAUUCCUCCAUCAUCGAUGUUUUUUCAACCGCCUUCUUCACCUUUUGGGCCACCCUCGACGGUUUACGGCGGUCCCUCGCCUACAGCUUACGAGAAACCGCCUCCUCUUUCACCGAUCUCCUCCGUCAACGAUAAUUCAGGAUAUCCUCCCUCCACGGGUAAAAGCUGCAAUUCUUGCAACAAAGUGCCUUGGACGCCGGUAAACGGCGGUUCCCAUUCGGGAGGGGAUGUAAGUGCACCGUCGCCGCCACUGUUGCCUGAAUUGCCAUCGUUAAACGGCGAUUAUCCGCCAUCGAGAAAUGUCGAAACGACUUACGAUGCUCAUUACGCCGCUUCGCAUAAUGUCAGAGCGCCGGGUUUUUCCUCCGCGUCUCCGUCGUUCCCUGGUCAGGACGGACCGUUCGUUGGUCCGUCAUCGAAUCCGCAUCUUUAUACCGGCGCGCUACCGCCGCUCUUUAACGCGGGAGAUUUUAAUUAUCCCGUAGCGUCGCCAUCCGGUUCCACCGAUGAUGGUGCGAAUAAUGGACUCACGGGAAAUAACGGACAAUCUGUCUACCCAGUUCCUUCAAGUCCUUCGGGAGGUGUCUAUCAAGAAUUAGAAUAUAACAAUGCUGGCACAAGCAAUGGAGGAUUCAAUAAUUUUGCCGCGCACAAUGAUCUGUCCUCUAGCGGUACUCAGGUGUCCCACGGUCAUGUCGAUCCUUUACCGAACAAGCAGGGAUACGAAAAUACGGCGACUCAUCAGAGCUCACCCGACUUCAUAAAUCAACAAACAUCUUUCGGUAGUGCUGAUAUUUUGAAUCAACAACCUUCGGCGGCGCCUAAUAACGGAGUGUUUUAUGACGUCACCGGGCCGAAUGCACCACUGGGCGACUUUCUCGAUAACUCGAGUCAGAUCAAUCAGAAUCUUCCCAGCAGUUACGGCAUUUCCGGUUUCGGGCAAAUACCGAACAAUUACGAGCAUCGAUACAACAAUUUGCCCACCGUCGCUAAGGAUUCUCACGCAUCGUCGACCGCUUCGGAUGGAUCUUCCGCGAAGAUUGAAAAGUCAAUACAUCAUUUUGAGCAGUCACCGUUGCUAGAUUUCACGCGCAAGGGUGAAAGUCGGACGGACUCGUCCUCGAUACCGCCGGCCUCCAACGUGGUCGCGCAUUUCGAGAGUACGAAGAUCGCCGCGACGACCUUGGCACCUGGCAAUUUCGGAACGCGUCAAGGUAGCACGUCGACGGAAUCUUACUUUUCCGCGAAUCACGUGCAGACCAUUAUGCCCUCGGCAAAAUCGAAGAUCAACAACAAUGUGAAUUCCGGAAGUGAUUCUACGAAUCUUCGGGGCCAGGACGUUUCGUACAUUCCGCCGUCAGGCCAGGCGGGAUUUUUAUGGUCCAAUACUCUACAUUCAACAAUACCACACGUUACGGAGAGAGAUCCGUUUUGGAAUCCUACGGCAAAAUCCUACGACGAUGUAGCGGAGGAAAUAUUGAAUGAAAAUGUUAAUUCGAAGGACACGACGCUUAGUCAGGAAGGUGCGAAGAGAAAUAAAAAGGUGCAAGUCAUCAUUCCUUAUACAUCACAGUACACACCACAACCGUUCCAAUCGGGAAAGGUUCCUUACACGGGCGAAGCCGAUCACGAUAGUUAUGUCGGCGAGGAAUCAAGGAAUAGUAUUAAAGUGACUAGCCCUCCGGACUCGUCGUACACCAUCCAAUCUUGGCCGACUGCUUUGGAAGAUGUUACCAAAAAACCAAACGAUGUUAAAUCGACCAAUUUCAUAAAGCUACAUAAAUUACAAAAGAAUAUCGAUAACUGGACAAUACAGGAAUAUUCGAAAGGUACAACCGUUAGUACAGCAUCGCCUAGUUCAGCCAAUCCAUAUCUUUACCCUUCAAAGCAGAUUCCUGAAAAAUAUUUGACGACCACCGAGCCUAUUAAUCACGCGACUGAUAACAAUAAUAAUAAUAUUUUUACUCUGGCCGGAUUUACUUUCAACGAUCUUAAUUACAAGGAUUCGGCUAGUAACCACGACAAAUCGCACAUACAAGUGAUACAACCCGAUAUUUCAAAGCCGGCCAAAAGUUCCACCGAAGUGCCCGCUACAUCAACGAGCGCUGAUUUCAUAUGGCGCAGCUUCUCUAUCGAUAUUUCUCCGGUGAACAAGGAACGCGUGUAUGUGGUGACGCCGCAGCCUAUCGUAACCACUCCUAAAUCGAAUCCCGCUGUGCAAAAAAAAGAGAAAGCGGCGAAAGAAGCGGAAAGGAACUCGAAAGAAUUGAAAGCUUCGAAAGACACGAAGAAGUCCACAGAGAAGUCCACUAUGUUUGAAUCGAUCGAGAAAGCCUAUCAAGUGCUGCCUCAGGCUGUGAACAACUUAGCUGUGGCUUCCACGGGCCCGGAGAGCGUUCCUUUAUGGGGCAUCAUGGAGCAUGAGUAUGCGACAAAUGACGGUGACGAACACGCUAACGAGGACAAUGAAUCUUCUGAACUUCCUGUAUUGCAUGCUACACACUCGAAAGUGUCACGUGCCAGGCGAUGACGCAUCAAGUGUGAAAAAUGCUCAAGACUAUUGUUUGUGCAUAUGGAGCAAUUUUAUAGUGUGAAUCCGUGAACGAUGCGCGACUGUGAACAAUUAAUUAAAAAUGGAGUACUUCCGAUGAAUUUUUUGAUUCAUGUUUAUGUUAUAUUACGCAAACGGGUGAGCCGUUUCGAUUUCACGUAUGUGCGUAAGUGAUUAUUGUGGCCAGUGCACCGGAUAAAUGUAUUUUAUACUCCGGACAUGUGUAUUAUUUUUACAAGCUCUGUUAUAUGUAACUCAAAAAGUUACUCAAUAAGUUUGGAAAUAAGAAAAGACUAAAGAUAUGUAAAGAAUGCGGCAUAUAUGUUUGCAUUAUGCUGUCAUCAUAACUUGCAAAAUUAUAUCGACUGUUAAAAUAGCCGCAAGUGAAUACUUCAAGUACAGGUCAGUUUUUGUAUUUGUAAAUAAGUUAAGUAAUGUAAUGUCAAAAAUUCAUCUUGAUAAUUCAAGCAAACUGUGCGAUUAUUUUGCAGUCGAGUCGCAUUUGUGCUUGUAUUGAGAUGAAUUUAAAAAUAUAGGAAAUAUUAUACGUUUUUUAAAAAUUAAAUUCUCAUUUUUAGAAA